ACGUCUUCGAAGAAGCCACCAGUGGUGGAGACAUGUGAAAAGGCUAAAUCGAUCAUGGAGAAGUUUGAGAAAGGAGAAGCAUUUGUAAGCGCACGCGAAAAUGAUCAGGAAGCUAAGGGUAUCGAACAGGAGGACAUGUCCGUAUUUGAUGCUGGUAUCUGCAAAAAGUCUCGAUCGAUGUUCUUGGAAUUGGACGCAAGUGCCGCCAAGAGCGCCCAAUCGCCCCACACGCCACACGCACCACGCACACCGGAACUAAAGAAAUCAAAUACUCAGGUUUUCAACCCCGAAGACGUGGUGAAGAGUAGCGAAACGAGAGAAGAGAUCAAAAUCGAGACUGCAGAAAUUUCGAGCAAAUUCAAAUUCUUUGAGACUUAUCAACCUAAAAGUGUUGAGAGAAAGCCAUUUAGAAUCACGCCUCCCAGAGAGGGCGUUGUUAAGACCGAAUCACCAGAACGAGAAGUCUACAGGGAUCCAUCCAUUGUCACUUCUGACAACAAGAGUAAUGAUGAAAAUGGUGAUGAUCCAGAAAUUGCCGAAAAGAGCCACACCGCUACUAAAAUGUUGAAUAUCUUCAGACAGAUGGAAGAACGAAAGGAAACACAGCCACAAGGUCCUAAACCCUUGAAGAGGUUUACACCUCCUCCAGAGGAGACCCCAAGGAGGUUCCUGGAUACCAAUGACCAGAGUGACAACUCUGGUGUUACUGACAGUGAUACUGAUGAUGAAGUUCAAAAUGAAAAUGAACCUCAGAAUGGUCACCAUCAGAAUGGUGUCGGUAGGGAUGGUGUUGAUUAUGUUAAAGCGAGUGACAAGUGUGAGGAUGAAUUUUUGAAACAGGCAAGAAAUGAAGCAAGAGCCAAACAACUCAGAGCCAAAUUUGAGAAAUGGGAAAGCAAUGAAAUCAAAAGGGAACAAAGUACGAUAAAUGUUCUUGAAGAGUGCCAAACUGAAAAUAAUGACUCACAAUUAGAAAGUGCCAAAAGUCUGCGGGAUAGAUUUGAAUCAAUGCGCGAGAUGACGAAUCAAAUGAACAAGUCACCACGUGUAAAAGUGAAUCGAUUUGUGGAGAUUCAGACGAAUUGUGCCGAAUACUGUGCUAUUUGUGAGAAGAAAGUGUAUCCCCUGGAGAAAAUUGAUUGCAACAGCAAAAUCUAUCACAAGCAAUGCUUCAGAUGCGUCCACUGCAACGCCGUAUUGAGAAUGGACACUUACACCCACAAUCAUGGAGUUCUGUAUUGCAUCCCUCAUUUCAAGCAACUCUUUAUCUCCAAAGGCAAUUACGAAUCCGGAUUUGGUUUGGAUCCACACAAGACCAAAUGGGAGAAGCAAGAAGUCACUGCCAAUGAAUAGGAAACACAUCUGGAAUUAUAAAAAAAAAAUUAAACGACUAAAUAAUCGUUUUACAAAUAUCAGGUUAGAACUCCGAAGACGGUAACAAAAAUAAUGAGCAGAAAUUAUGAUUUCAAAAGAGUUUUGCAUAUGAUGGGAUAAAUUAUCGAAAAACAUUUAUUGUUCAAUGGUAAGCAUAACAUACAGGUCUUAGUGUCUUUGUUUAAAAUUUUACUAUUUUAGUCGAAGGAGUGCUUGA